UCCCCCCCAACCCCCCUCUGCAGCCGCCACCUCCCCCGGGCCUCCCCCCCUUCCCCGAACGCGAUCGGCAACAAUGUUUACGUUCCGGGGAUUAUGACGCCUGCGCCCCACUCAGUGUCUGAAAAUGGUUCCUUAGGACUUUGCAAAACGCAUCGACUCCCCCUCCCCUUCCCUUCCCCUUCCCCAAAAAAGUGCUGGUGCAAAAUUGCAAAACUUUAGAGAGACCUGGAUGGCUUUUGUUUUUCCUCCUCCCCAUUUGGGCCAAAAAAUGCAGGACAGGAACUGUUGACAAUUAAGAGAUGAAACUCUCCAAAAAAAUGGAGGCAGAGAAAGACUCUGGAAGAAGAUUGCGAUCUAUUGGUAGAAGGAGAUACGAUGAGAAUGAGGACCUCUCGGACGUGGAGGAAAUUGUCUGCAUCAGGAGUUUUAAUUUGGAGGAGAAAUUAAAGAGUCAAAAGUAUCAUGGGAAUUUCGUGCGUGACAUGGAAGGGAAAGAUCUUACUUUUGAGUAUGUGCAAAGAGAAGCUCUCAGGGUUCCCCUUCUCUUCAGAAGUAAAGAUGGUCUGGGAAUUAAAAUGCCAGACCAGGAUUUCACUGUCAGAGAUGUGAAGCUAUUAGUGGGAAGCCGUCGGAUUGUGGAUGUGAUGGAUGUGAACACGCAAAAGGGCAUUGAGAUGAGCAUGUCUCAGUUUGUGAGAUACUAUGAAACGCCGGAGGCUGAACGUGAGAAGCUCUACAAUGUCAUCAGCCUGGAGUUUAGUCAUACAAAGCUGGAGAACAUUGUCAAGCGCCCCAAUGUGGUGGACUUAGUCGAUUGGGUGGAUAAUAUGUGGCCGCAGCAUUUGAAGGAGAGGCAGACAGAUGCCACAAAUGCUAUUUCGGAGAUGAAGUACCCAAAAGUGAAAAAGUACUGUUUGAUGAGCGUGAAAGGAUGCUUCACUGAUUUUCACAUUGAUUUUGGUGGCACUUCAGUGUGGUAUCACGUUUUCCGAGGAGGGAAGAUCUUCUGGCUGAUUCCGCCUACUCUGCAGAACCUAGAACUUUAUGAAGAAUGGGUUCUGUCCGGAAAGCAAAGUGAUAUCUUUCUGGGAGACAGGGUGGAACUAUGCCAAAGAAUUGAAUUGAAACAAGGCUAUACGUUUUUUAUUCCUUCAGGAUGGAUACAUGCAGUUUAUACUCCAGUAGAUUCUCUGGUGUUCGGUGGAAAUAUCCUGCAUAGCUUUAAUGUUCCCAUGCAGCUUCGCGUCUAUGAAAUUGAGGACAGAACAAGGGUGCAUGCCAAAUUCCGUUAUCCUUUCUACUAUGAAAUGUGCUGGUAUGUUCUGGAGAGAUACGUGUCCUGUGUGACCCAGCGCUGCCACCUCAGCAAAGAAUACCAGAAAGAAUCAAUGUUAAUUGAUGCCACAAGAAAACCCAGCGUAGACAGCUUCUCAUCAGAUUCCUGGUUAGACAUGGAUGAAGAAUCUUGUGAUGCUCAUGCCCGGGAGGAGAAGGAAGACAAUUUGGAUAAGAAUCCAAAGUCCUUGGCUGAUGGUUCCUCCUCGCCCAACAGCACACACUCUGAAGGGAAGGAUGUUGCAGGGAAAAAACAGAAAGCCACAGUAAUGAGGUACCUCAAAAGAACUUUGUCCAAUGAGUCAGAUGACAGUGUAAAGUCAACAACCCCCACGGACUAUCCCAAAACACCAACAGGAUCGCCAGCUACAGAAGUCUCAACCAAAUGGACUCAUCUCACAGAGUUUGAACUGAAAGGUUUGAAAGCCCUAGUAGAAAAGCUUGAAUCUCUCCCAGAGAACAAGAAGUGUGUUCCAGAAGGCAUUGAGGAUCCUCAGGCACUUCUGGAGGAUAUGAAGAACAUUCUGAAGGAACAUGCUGAUGACGACCAGAAUCUUGCCAUUUCGGGGGUCCCUGUGGUAGCCUGGCCUAAGAAGACCACAAAGAACAGGGCAGUUGGACGACCCAAAGGGAAACUGGGCACUGCCGCUGCAGUGAAGCUAGCUGCUAAUCGGACGACUGCAGGAGCGCGCCGGAGAAGGACGCGAUGCCGCAAGUGCGAGGCUUGUCUACGUACAGAGUGCGGCGAGUGUCACUUCUGCAAAGACAUGAAGAAGUUUGGUGGGCCUGGAAGGAUGAAGCAGUCCUGCAUUAUGAGGCAGUGCAUCGCACCAGUGCUGCCUCACACUGCUGUGUGUCUCGUGUGUGGAGAAGCUGGAAAGGAGGACACUGUGGAAGAGGAGGAGGGCAAGUUUAAUCUCAUGCUAAUGGAAUGUUCCAUUUGUAAUGAAAUAAUACACCCAGGAUGCCUUAAGGUGAAGGAAUCGGAUGGUGUGGUUAACGAUGAACUGCCGAACUGCUGGGAAUGUCCAAAGUGCAACCAUGCAGGGAAAACUGGGAAAGCGUACAAGCAAAAGCGUGGACCAGGAUUCAAAUAUGCAUCGAAUCUCCCAGGCUCACUGCUUAAGGAACAGAAGAUGAACAGAGAUAAUAAGGAAGUAACAGAUGUAGCAAAACGGAAAGGGGAAUGUGAAGAAAGCCCCAGGCGGAAAUCUGAUGAACAUUCCAAAAAAACUCCUGUUGAUUCUAUUUUGAGGAGAAAGUCAGAUGAUGUGCAUAUGCGAAGGAAAAGAAAAUUUGAGAAACCCCAAGAACCUGCUAUGAGAAAACGGCUAAAACUCGGUAAAGAAGAGAAACUCUUCAGGAAAAAGAGGCGAUCAUGGAAGGCUACAGAUGACCGACCUGCCAUGGCCAAACCCCUGCGGCGUUUUAAACAGGAACCCGAGGAAGAUCUGCCAGAAGCACCUCCAAAAUCCAAGGAGAGUGACCAGUCACGGUCGAGCUCCCCCACUGCGGGCCCCAGCACUGAAAGUGCUGAGCCUAAGGACAAGAAGAAGAUAAAGAUGAGGCGGAAAAGGCGGCUUCCAAAUAAGGAACUGAGCAAAGAGCUCAGCAAGGAGCUCAAUCAGGAGAUCCAAAAAACUGAGAACAGCCUUGCCAAUGAGAACCACCAACCCAUCAAAUCUGAGCCAGAGAGCGAGAACGAGGAGCCCAAACGUGCUCUGAGCAAUAGCGAGAGACUCCACAGGUUCAGCAAAGGGUUAAAUGGGACUCCCAGGGAGCUGAGGCACCAGCUUGUGCCAAGCCUGCGAAGCACACCUAGGGUGAUUACCCGGCCACCACCUUCACUCUCUCCUCCCAAAUGCAUUCAGAUGGAACGCCAUGUAAUCAGGCCACCCCCCAUCAGCCCUCCUCCGGACUCACUCCCCCUAGAUGACGGGGCAGCCCAUGUGAUGCAAAGGGAAGUCUGGAUGGCUGUCUUUAGCUACCUCAGUCAUAGCGAUUUGUGCAUCUGUAUGAGAGUUUGUAAGACCUGGAACAGAUGGUGCUGUGAUAAAAGAUUAUGGACCAAAAUAGAUCUAAACCAUUGUAAAUCCAUCACUCCACUUAUGCUCAGUGGCAUUAUCAGGAGACAGCCUGUAACCCUUGAUCUUAGCUGGACAAACAUAUCUAAAAAACAGCUGAGCUGGCUCAUCAACAGACUACCAGGUCUACGAGACCUGCUGUUAUCAGGGUGUUCAUGGAUAGCCGUCUCAGCACUUUGUAGUUCCAGUUGUCCUUUACUCCGAAUCCUGGAUGUUCAGUGGGUGGAAGGAUUAAAAGAUGCACAAAUGAGAGACCUCUUGUCACCACCAACAGAUAACAGGCCAGGUCAAAUUGACAACCGAAGUAAACUACGGAACAUAGUUGAGCUGCGUUUGGCUGGUCUGGAUAUUACAGAUGCUUCUUUGCGAUUGAUCAUUAGACACAUGCCUCUGCUUUCCAAACUCAAUCUUAGUUACUGUAACCAUGUGUCAGAUCAGUCUAUUAACCUGCUGACUGCAGUAGGAACCACCACGCGUGAUUCCUUAACUGAAAUUAAUUUAUCAGAUUGCAAUAAGGUUACUGACCAGUGCCUGUCCUACUUUAAACGUUGUGGAAACAUCUGUCAGAUUGACUUGAGGUACUGCAAGCAAGUCACAAAGGAAGGCUGUGAGCAGUUCAUAGCAGAGAUGUCCGUGAGUGUUCAGUUUGGUCAGGUGGAGGAGAAACUUCUUCAAAAACUGAGUUAGUUAAAGGACAAGUGUGUAAAUAUUGGGGCCAGGGGUGGGGAAGCGACUAAGAACAUGUAGGGAUUUUAUUUUCAGUUGGGAAAUCAGAAAAUAUCAAAGAUUGGAUUUUAUAGUCCUGUCAAGGAGAGGAGAUCAUUAAAACUACCCAUGUUAAGAAUUUCAGCCUGUGCCACUUAAUUCAGUCUACCUGGGAUGUCCUGCACUGACUCUUAUGCAAAUUCAUAAGGCGACUGUUAUUGAUGAUAAAUGUUCACACCUGGAAGAAGACUGAUCUGUUGUUUAAAGUACCACCGCAUGUGCUUGGGUAGUGUAAAUUUAAUUUCUGCUCUUCAUUUCUUAAAACAAAAACAAAAGUUGGUGUCAUUAAAGUGGACCACACACUGCAUUUCUGCCUUCUUAACACAUUUUGUUUUGUUACAUCUUACAUUAUGCAGAAAUAUUUUUGUACAAAAUUGUUUUAAAGUUAUUUAUGCAAUGUUUGAAUGCAUUACCAGUGUUUUGGUUUUGGAUUGCCAAUUUUUAUCUUUACAGUAGGCGAGAACUUAACCUAUACUUCGUAGACAAAAUAUCCAUCUGCAAACGUGCCCAGGUCAGGAAAAGUAGGUUAAUACUUUCAAUUUAAAGCAUGUUUUAAUGGAAGUUUAUAUCCUGCUUUGUAUACUUCAGAAGUGACAUAAGCAUGUUGUGGAAAUAAGGUGUAAAUGAUAGUUGAAGUAAGACACUAUGCCAAGUUUUAUCUGUAUAGAAAUCACCUUUUUCUCAAAAUUUUAAAAAUUCCAAUUUCAGCUUUUGCGCAUAGGAGGGUUUCACUUUGUAGCAUGAGCUCUUGUACUCAAUAUGAAAUUAAUUUAUACAGUGAGUCAAACAGUAGAAUAAUGGACAAGCAUAGUCUUUUUUUCCUCUUUCUUUGAAGUGUGAGUUGAGUUCUCAUUUAAGGUUUAUAACAUGGUUAUUUCCUGAUUGUAAAAUUCUGCAUUGAUAAGUGCCAUUGUUGUAAGGUGUUGUUUUCGUAGAAUUUCCUGAUGCAGUUUUACCUUUGUUGAAUUUGUAUAAACAAUUGUACAAAAACAGAUAAAGGCUAAGAGGGUUUCUAUUCAAACUUGAAUUGAUAAAAAUUGUUCUGUUUGAUGCAGAGUCAAAAGUAUUUACAGUGCAGUUCUCAUCUGAAGAGUAACUUUAUUAAAAACAAAACAAAACUGCAUACCACUUUCUUACUUAACAGCUCUGUUCCCUGUGUGUACUCAGUCAUGACUUUAUGCCUUUAGGAACAAAACCAGGUUGCUUACUGUGUUUUGCACUUAGCCAUGCAAAGCUACCACCUAAGACUGAGGUGAGAUGGAUUUUUUCUUUUUGCGUAUCAUCAGUCGUGAGGUUUCAGUUACGCAUAAGCAAAACCACUGAGCAGAAAAUGGCACAGUGGACACAGAACACUCUAGGGUUGGAAGUGUAACGUGACCUACUCUGGCCUGAAGCAUCUUUCACUAGUUAUGAUACAUAGUCAUGUAUCUCUAAUAUACCAGAAUUCUCUAAGCUUGCUGAUAAAACUAUCAACUCUCUCCUUUAUUUCCGAAAAGUCUGACAAGUUCUGGUCCAAAACCUUGGAGCUUUGUGGUGGUCUCCAUUUUCUCAGGCGAUGUGUAUUAAACAGUAAAAUGGCAUAAAUUCCAGGUAACACAGUUAUUUAGAUGAGACAAGACUAAAGCUCAUGAGCAAUUUCAGAAGGACCUAACGUCUCACUAUCUAGGAAGCAAAACUGCUAGAUGAAAUUCUUUGACAAGGGAAAGGUAAUGAAUGGAAGGAUGAGUAUACAACUACCUAUAUAUUGCGGGGAACUCAAUUUAUUAUGAGAAGACCUGGAUGUACUCCUGUGGGCUGUUCAGUGAAACCGUGUGCGCUGGCAGUCAAAAAUGAAAAUGGUAGGAUGAAUAAAACCUGGAAAAUGUCAGAACAGAUAGAAGCACCUUCACUGUUGGACUUGAGAUGUGGUUCAUCUAGGUUUGCAUCCUCAACCCAGCAUGACUCAUCUCUCCUGUUGUUUGCAGUGCUGGUAGUUAGAAAAAACAUCUUUACCUAUAAAGUGAAUAUAUCUUGAUGUGGAACCCCCUACUGUCAUUCUUAAUUGCUUUUAUUUGAAAUAAUUUUAUUCUGAAGAAUGACUAAUUCUGCUACUUCAAAAUUCAGCUUUAAUGGAAUAUCUGUCCUGUGAUAUGAACAUUUUGAGAACCAACAGUGCGCUUGACCAUUACAGAAUGUACAAGACAUAAUCUCUGCUCUAAGAACCUUCAGGUAAGUAAACAGUACAACCUUGGUGUAAUGCAACAAGUGACCAAACGAUGGGGGCAGCCAAGCAGCAUGGAUUUUCUAACUGCUACAUUUGUUACUGGAUUAAUGAAGAGCUUUAUAGAAGUGUUUUGUUUUCAAACAACUGGUAAGAUGCCCUGCAUAAAAAACUGACAUCAGGCAAGCUCACUCAGUUUCGCCAUCUGUAAAGUGGGCAUAAUAACUUUUGUAAAAUGCUUUAAGAUCUAUGGAUAUGCACUGUAAGAUCAUGGGGGGGUUGGUGUGCGUGUGUAUGUAUGUGUGUGUGUAUAUAUAUAUAUAUAUAUAUAUAUAUAUAUAUAUAUAUAGGGGAUAGUCAAUUUGAAAAAGUUACUAUGAUCCUGGUUUCCUUUUUACAAGUUUCCUGUCUGUAGUGCCUGCGUAGUAGCUAAAAUAGAGGCAAGUGACCGACUUCCCCUGGCAGGUGGCAGAAGCAGCAAUCACCUUGGGGGAAGAGGGGAGUUGUAGAAUGGGGAACCAAUUGGGCCUGCCUCUCUAGAAAACUUCGGACUUGCUUGAGAGUUAUGAGGAAAUGGUACUAAUGAUUUUGUGUAGCUGAUAAAACAGUGUAUCAGUUGUUGUUUUGCUACAUUCUUUUGGGCUGUUAUUUUUUGGCCCACCAGGGUACAUGCUCCUACAGCUAGCAUGUUUAUAGUUCUUGCUUAAGUUUCCACUUUCUAUACUUAAUUUAUAGGAGAGCUAGAGCUAGAUUUUUCAUUCACAGGCUGCUACUUGUCCCCACUGUGGAAACUCUCAGCUUCUGGAGGGCAGAUACUUUGUCUUAAAAUAUAAGUUGCUAUCAAUUUUCUAAUUCACAUCUUUCCAGCUGUCAGGCAGACUAUACGAAGUGAUUCUAAAAGAAAGAGGCUUAUCAGCCUCCAGUUCCAUGGGGAUUAAGCCUGCAAUUGGAACUGAUAAAGGAUUUUUCUGUUCAAUUGCAACAACUGUAACCCAGGCUGUCAUCCUUGAACCUUCUCUUUAAACUACUGCUGAGUUUCACUAUAAGGCAUAUUUUCUAAUAGUUUAAUCAUUUUUGUGGCUCUUCUCUGAACCAUCUUCAAUUUUCCAAAUUCUUCUUGAAUGGUGGACACCAGCCCUGGACACUAUGCCAACACCAGUUGCCCCGGUGCCAAUGAGAGCUAAAAUAACCUUUCUACUCUUGAGAUUUCUCUGUAUGUGCCAUGGAGUGGCAUUAGUCUGGUGGCCAAUGUCAUACUAGAAUCUCAUGUUCAGCUGAUUAUCCACCACAACCCCCAAAUUUUUCAGUGUCACUAGUUCCCAGGCUGUAAGCAUAGCAUACGUUCUUUGGAGAUGUAUAUUUAGAUUCAGCCAUAUUAAAACAUGUAAGUGUACCAAUCUUACUAAGUGAUUGAGAUAACUGUCUGAUCUGUACUCCAUUAUUUGCAGAUUUUCAGUGAUUUUUUUUUGUUUAAGGUGAUCAAUGUUUUUAUCAAAUAGCGUAAGGCCAAAAUUUGAUCCCUGUGGAACCUCACUAGAACCAGAGCUGUUCAGUGAUUCCCCAUUGGCAGUUACACUGAGACUUGCCAGUUUAAUCAAAAUGUCUCAUGGUGCCAAGUCAAAUGCCUUAGAGAAGUCUAAAUAUAUUAGAUCAGUUACCUUUAGUUCCUCUAAAAAAAAGACAGAUCUUGUCUAUUUUCUGUAAACCCAUGUUGAUUGACAUUUUUAUGUUAUAUGUAAUUAAGCCCUAUAUUAGCUGCUCCAUUGUUUUCCCUGGGAUUUAUGUUAGGCUGACAAGAUUUCCUAGGUCACCAUUUUUUUUUUUUUAGUAAUGGGAACCACCUUAGUUUUGUUCCAGACUUCUGGAAUGUCCCCACUGAAUGAAGUUAUUGGAAAAGUCAGUAUUAGUGGUUCAAGCUUCUCUAUCAGCUCUCUUAAAACUCUUGGAUGCAAAGUUAUUGGGACUAACUGAUUUUGAAGUGUCUGACUUUAGCAGUUGGUGUUUAAUAUCCUCCUGAGAAACUUUCUACUCUACUAGUAUCAUGUACUUCAGUAAAUAUUUCUGUAUUUAGAAAAAUAAUACUUCUACCACUUCCUUCUAGUAAUGGACCAGUGCCAUUAAGAUUUUAUUCUUAAUAUACUUAACAUCCUUAAGGAUGUUGGCCUUAAGUUUCUUGCUGUAGCCCAUUGGUUUCCUUAUCAAUUUCCUGCCUGUGAUAUUUAUAUUCAUUGUCAACUUCCUCUUUUUUUUUAUAUAUAUAUAUAUUUUAAGUAGCUACCUUCACUCUAUACUACUUGUGAACAGCAGGAUGCAAGAUGGGCUUCAGGCAAAGGCCACUGUUUCAACAAAAGGCUUUAGAUAUUGCAGGGAAGCGAUUUUAGAAGGGGGCUGGCUACAUCAAGAUAGCAUUGAAGCUUAUUACUGUUACAGGGUGGCUUCUUGUUCCUUGUAUGUAAGCAGACUCUUUGUCAUUCAGAAGGUGGUACUCAAGUAUAUCAAUACUGUGCUCAAUCUUGUUACAUUACUACAGAGUCCAGUUCAAGGUGAGCUGUGUAGUGAGUGUUACAGGUGAGGGUUGUGCACACCUGGCUAAAUCUAGGGAGGGUAUGAGAUUCCUUUAUACAGCUGCUCAAGAGCAUGCAGUCUGGCUAUUCUAACCCCCAGAGGGGAUAUAUAGGCUUUGACUAAGGGGGAUAGUGAAUAGUUUUAAAAAAGAGACAUAAGUAACCCCAGACAACUUCCAAACCUUUAUUAAAUUCAGCCAUUGUUCAGAAUGGAAGUAAUGCAUGUGCUACAUUCCCCUACAUUAACUUACUGACUUAAGUUCUUCAGUUGGUAACUUUAGAAAGUCCUAAAAUAAAGCCAGAGUUGUCUUGCUCCCUUGUCAUAAGCAGUAAUGUCUUACUAAAGAUUCUCUGUAAAUUGCAUAUUUUAUUUUGAAUUGUCCCAAUCAGCAGCUGUCUUUAUACUUUCAGAAUAUUAACAAGUUUGCUAGUUUAUACACAAGCUGGAUAUUGGCUAAAGUUUUGGAUUAGUUUUCUUCAAGACUGAUAGAAGGCUGUGCAAUAAUUCUUUAAAAUAACCAUCCAAAAACAAUCCUGAAAACCUCUAAGUAGCGUAUGGCAAGCUAGGCACAGAGGUGGUCUUCCAUUUCCAACUCUUACCACCUUUAUGGAGCCCUGUCAUUGAAUUGCAGCACUUGAGUCUAAUUUAAAACAGAAAUCUAGCUUUAAAACAAACAAACAAAACACCACUCUCUAAGUAGCUAAGAUAGAGAAGCACUGCUUUGCUCUCUCACACAGCCCCCCCAUCCAUAAAAGAUGUGAAUCUAGCUUAAGAUUCUUUCCUGCACUUACUCCCCUACUUCAGCAGCUUGUACUUAUCAAAAACAACACACAGAAGUCCAACCCUCCACCCCAUUCUAGGCCCAAGUAGAUGGAGGUAUACUGCCUCCUAUACCUAUCUACUGUACAGAAAACCAAAAGUAUUUUUAAUGUACUAAUUUCUCCAGUUGCCAGCACUUGCCUUCUCAAAGUGGGUGAACACUGGGAAUUGAAUAGUGGGCUGUACAGAAAGUUGAAAGAGACCAAGCUAUAAAAAA